GCGUGGAGGGGUGUGGCGAUGUGGGGCUUGUCUGCGAGCAAGCGCUCCUCGUUUCCGCCCCCGCGCAGUCCUGUGGUGAACGCCUGGUCUCCAUGGCGACUGGACGCGGUCGGAUGUUGCAGCAGCGCUGGCUGGGCCUCCAGACGCUGCGCGAGCCCAGCAAGGGCGGUGGCGCGGCCCAGGGGCGUGCAAGGCAGGUCCCGGGGCGCUCCAGGGUCUUUGGGUUCAGAAAGGGGCCAGGGGUCAAGUUUUCUGCAGGCUCUGCUGCCCUGAGGUGCCAUGGCAGAGAUGGGCAGCACUGGGAGAGCUCUUUCUCUUGCUAUUCUGGGCUCCUGGAUAGAAUGCCUUCAGAAAUCUUGCUGAAGAUAUUUUCCUACUUGGAUGCUGUGAGCCUGCUGUGUACUGGAUGUGUGAGCAGGCGCUUUUAUCAUCUAGCCAAUGACAAUUUUAUUUGGAUCAGAAUCUACUCAACUGCUUUUUCAUCUACAAGAUCGAAUUGGAAAGUUAAUUCAGUAGAGAAGAUAGCUAUAUCUAUGAGCUUUCUGUCAGUUCAGGAUAAAGAAGCUGGUUAUUGGAAGAAAGAAUAUAUCACAAAACAAAUAGCAUCUGUAAAAGCUGCACUAGCCGACAUUCUCAAACCUGUUAACCCUUACACAGGCCUUCCAGUUAAGACCAAAGAGGCCCUCAGAAUAUUUGGUUUAGGCUGGGCAAUUAUACUGAAAGAAAAAAGUGGAAAAGAAUAUAUCAUGGAGCAUGUUGAUCUUUCCAUAAACGACACCUCAGUUACUGUUACAUGGUAUGGCAAAAAUUGGCCGUGCCUAGCAUCAUUGUCAACCUUAGAUUUAUGUGGUGUGACACCAGUUUUUAUGGACUGGUAUAAAACUCCCACCAAACAUAGACUCCGAUGGCAUUCUUUAAUUGCAAAGUACAAUCUGAGUCAUUUGACUGAAUCUACCAUGAUUGGCUGUGACAGACUUAUUCGGAUCUUCUGCCUGCACCCUGGCCUCCUGGUUGGACUCUGGAAGAAGGAGGAAGAACUGGCUUUUGUUAUGGCAAAUCUUCAUUUCCAUCACCUUGUGGAGAGGAGCACAUUAGGCUCGGCCACUAUCCCCUAUGAACUGCCUCCACAUAGCCCCUUUUUGGAUGACAGCCCUGAGUAUGGACUGCACGGCUACCAACUCCAUGUAGAUCUGCACAGCGGUGGGGUUUUCUACUUGUGUGGCACAUUUCGCAAUCUCUUCACCAAAAAAGGAAAUAUUGAAAAUGGACAUGUGAAGCUCAUUGUUAUAAAUUUUAAAAAUAACAGAGAACACCUACCUCUUAUUGGAAAAGUUGGCCUCUCAUGGAAAACUGAUAUUUUUGAUGGCUGUAUAAAGAGUUGUUCUAUGAUGGACGUAACUCUUUUGGAUGAACAUGGGAAACCCUUUUGGUGUUUCAGUUCCCCAGUGUGCAUGAGAUUGCCUGCCACACCCUCUGAUGGCCCUAGCUUCUUGGGACAGACGUACAGCAUGGACUAUGUCGAUGCAGAGGGAAGAGUGCACGUGGAGCUGGUGUGGAUCAGAGAGACGGAAGAAUACUUUAUUGUCAACCUGGUCCUUUACCUUAGUGUUGCAAAAAUCAACCACUGGUUUGGGACUGAAUAUUAGCAGCAGGUGACAAGUUAUUGUUAUUUAGUUGUUUAUUUUUGACUAACUGGCUUUGUUCUUAGUGUUGAAAGUUAAAAUAAAGCAAAUCUGCAGAGUGUUGUGUGAUGCCUUUCA